AAAACAAAAUUGUAAAAUAUUGUUUUAAAGUAAUUUGUUUAUAGUUAUUAACGGGAUUAAUGUGCUCUGAUGGCAAUCAAUCUGUUGUUAUUAUUAUCUUAUUUAUGUUACUGAAAAGAGAACUUCAAGGGUCGCUCUUGUUUUUAGUUUAGUUCCUUCUGACAUUGUUGACCGCCCACUUAACAUCCUUACAUCUCAAUAUGGUAAAUAAAUGUAUGAUAUAUAUCAUAAAUAGGGCCGAAUUAAAUAUUUUUUUCUUUUGAUUUUUUUUUUGUGUAAAUAAAAUACAAAACAUGUAUUGUACACCAUUCAUAACAGGAUCCAUUUUGAAUAGACGAAGUUGAAGGUAAAAUAAACACGAGACCUAUUUUGUUUUUAAUACAUUCACAAGUACCCCCAAAUAUCAACAUUGAGAAACUGUUUGGUUUUUCUAUAACUUGUUAUUGGAAUGCAAUUUUGCUCUGCUCUCGUUCAAGUAACAUUGUCUUUGCCUGUAUACUGUAUUAAAAAUAUCUUUUUUUGUAGCUGUUUGAAAAGAUGUGUAUGGCCCUUGGAGGUAGGGUUGCGGAAUCUUUAACUUUCAACAGAGUGACCACAGGAGCCCAGAAUGAUCUCGAAAAGGUGACGAAAAUAGCCUACGCUCAAGUGCGAGAGUUUGGCAUGAGUCCUGUAGUAGGUUUAGUGUCAUUUUCGGAACAGGAAAUGAAAGAAAGGGGUAAGAAACCUUUCAGUAAAAAGAUGGCUGCUCUUAUUGACCAAGAAGCAAGGAGACUAAUAGCAGAUGCCUACAAGCGCACGGAAGAAGUGUUGCUUAAAAAUAAAGACAAACUGGAACUGAUAGCUGAAAAUUUGUUGAAAAAAGAAACUUUGAAUUAUGAAGACGUCGAAAAACUCAUUGGACCGCCACCGUACGGUAAAAAGAAGCUUAUUGAACAAGCAGAGUUUGAAGAAUCAGUAAGAAGUGAUGCUGGUGUUGUACCAGUCUCUAACACAGCAAAAGGAAUUUCAACUUCCCAACAUGAAGCGGAGAACGGUAAAUCACCUGAACAGUCGGUAACGAAAAGUUAGAAGGUAAUAAAAAAAUAAUGUAAAUAUGAACCUGCUAGUAUACAGAAAAUAGAACAAUGUUAUUUAAUAUUUUAACAAGAUAAAUAGUUAUCCUUAUAAUUGGCUUUUUAACCAGUAAAAAAAAAUUAGUCAAUUAUG